CCCUCCUCGCUUCCCGUCCGCCUGCGGGCAGCGAGCGGCGGCGGCGAGCCGCAGCCUCUCCCGGAGGAGGCGGUGAGGCAGCGAGGCAGGCGGCUCCCUCCUCCUCCUCUUCCUUCAUCCUCCUCCUCCCCGUCCUCCCCCUAAGAUGGCGGCAGACCCCGCGGAGCGCUUCUGCGUGGCCGAGGAGCGGAGCGGCCACUGCGCCGUGGUGGACGGCAACUUUCUCUACGUCUGGGGGGGCUACGUGUCGAUUGAAGAAAAUGAAGUGUAUUUGCCUAAUGAUGAGCUCUGGAUCUAUGAAAUGGAUAGUGGGUUAUGGACAAUGCACCUAAUGGAAGGAGAGCUCCCUACCUCCAUGUCAGGAAGCUGUGGAGCAAGCAUUAAUGGGAAGCUGUACAUUUUUGGUGGAUUUGAUGAUAAAGGAUACAGUAAUCGGCUGUAUUAUGUUAAUCUGCGAACAAAAAAUGGAACCUAUAGGUGGAAAAAAAUCACAAAUUUUAAAGGCCAACCUCCUACACCACGUGACAAGCUUUCCUGCUGGGUGUAUAAGGACAGGCUAAUAUAUUUUGGUGGCUAUGGCUGUAGGAAGCAUAAUGAGCUGAGUGAUUGUUUUGAUGUCCACGAUGCGUUUUGGGAAGGACAGAUAUUCUGGGGAUGGCACAAUGAUGUUCAUGUUUUUGAUACAAACACACAAACUUGGUCUCAACCAGCAAUUCGAGGUGGAGAUCCGCCUCAGCCUCGAGCAGCUCAUACAUGUGCAGUGCUGGGAAAUAAAGGUUACAUCUUCGGAGGACGAGUGCUGCAAACGAGAAUGAAUGAUUUGCACUGCCUGAAUUUAGACACGUGGACUUGGUCUGGAAGAAUUAAUAUCAGUGGAGAGAAACCAAAAGAUCGAUCAUGGCACACAUUGACUCCGAUAGGAGAUGACAGACUCUUUCUUUUUGGUGGACUGAGUUCUGAUAAUGUUCCUUUAAGUGAUGGCUGGAUUCACAGUAUUACAACAAAUGGAUGGAAACAACUUACCCAUUUGCCUAAGAGUAGGCCGAGAUUGUGGCAUACAGCCUGCCUUGGAAAAGAAGGAGAAGUGAUGGUGUUUGGUGGAAGCAAAGAUGACUUGCAUUUCAUGGACACGGGUCAUUGCAGUGACUUGUUGAUAUUUCAGACUCAACCUUACUCGCUUCUCAGGUUGUGUCUUGACUGCAUCGGUAAAAAUGCAGCCCUCUUAAAAAAUCAAAUACCUUGCUUGCCAUCCAAACUUCUGCAGCAGGUGCUGAAAAAAAUAACCUUCUGGGCUGCAGUUAACCACCGGCAAGAGAAGAAAGCUGAAACUGAACGACAAUGUCAACUAAACACCACAUGAACAAUGGCAACGAAACUGUUGAACACUGGUUUAUUUACACUGUACAGCAAAGUCUUUUGUUAGUGAACUUUACUAAUGCUACAGAGCAACAGUAUGUUAAGCUGAGUUUCUAAGUGAAGUUUGAGAACAAAGAAAUCCUUUUUAUGGAAGUCUUUUGUUUUCUGCGUUAUAGGAAACUGAGAAAACUUGAUUUGUAUAUAUUGUUAACUUCUGCUGUUGUGGUCUUAAUGAGACAGUCCAUACAACUUGUUCUUUUUGAAGGUGACAUGCCAUAAAAAUGUUUUCAGUUGACCAAAAUGUGGCUUAAGUCUAAAAACUUAACUAGAGCCUUAUCACAUCAGCCUUUCUGAAAAAAAUAAGUUUAACACCAUCUUUGGAAGACUCAGACUUGUCCAUCCUGAAGAAGGUAACUGGAAGGUAACACCACCGAAUCUUAUUAUUUGAUUCCACCAGACUCUGUCAUCUGAGUAUGUAUUCAAGUGACGGAGCUGAGCAUCGUACCCACCCCAUGAAGGGCGAUAGCUGAGCGGGGGACUUGAAGAGCACUGUAAGGAGCAGCAUUACAGCUCGCAUAGGAAAGCUCACAUGCUGCUCAUAAUGUGGUUUUGCUAUGUUUCUGUAAUCAACGAGUCCUUUUUGAAAUAGGUUGUAUAUUGUAUUUUGGAUGUGUAAAGUUUAUAUUUAAUUCUUGUUUAAAAAAAAAUGCUUAUUUAUUGUUUAAAGAAGAGCAUAUGUAGUACUUGCUAUUUUUCUGUUUCGAAUACCCAGUUAACAGGAGCACAGUCAUUAAAAUUUUAUAGAGUUGGAGACCA